CUGUGUGCUGUAAAAUCAUUACUCUGUUUCUCUUGGGGGACUCUUACUAUUUGGUUUAAUUUCAUAUUGCGUCGGGUGAAUCUUUGACAGUCGACUAAGGCAAUUUCACCAACAUGGUCCCUCUGUCACUUUUAACUGCUGACCAGACAACGUGCCCUUGCACUCUGAGGGCCAGGAACAGCCCGCCUGCGUCCAGCACUCAGGAGCCCAGGCCUGUGGUGGCCGUGCUGCUCAUGAGGGGGGUCCGUGAUGACGUGCUGCUGGACCUCGAGCAACUCAUCACGGAGAGCGGUGAGCACGGCGACGAGAACACCACCCACCACUUCACCGCCAGCGUCUCAGACAACCAGCAGGAAGGCCUGAGAGACUCUGCGUCUGCCCAGUGCCCGGAUGCCGAGUCCAGGAUCGAGUUUCUGGGCUGGUCCAUGCCCUACCCGAAAGGCGUCCGAGUCCCAGACUUCCCCGACAGCGACAGGUACUGGGACUACAUCCAGUACGCUGAGGCGCUGGACCGUCUCCACAAGUCUCUGGCCCCAGGCACACCCUGCCGGAGCUGUGUGGAGAGACUGCAGGCCAUCUACGGGAUGGAGGCCAGACUGGACUGGAGUCUUCAGCUGAGCUCUGACGAGGAGUCGGCCACUGACGGCUCCAGAUUCUACUUCAGGCCGUGGGCUGAGGGCCCAGUGCCCCUUUACUACAAGACCGCCGGCAGGACCUGGCAUGAAUCCUGCUCGUCCAGCGAAGACACCUCCGACAUGACAGAUGUGGAGCUUUGGUCAGAGGCGUGCCAGAGGGGCGGGGAGAAGAGGGAGCGGCGCGCCUCACAGAGUCCACCAGGAGGCUCGGCCUCGGCCUCGGCCUCCCCUCUCUCCCCUAAGAAGAGGAUGCUGACCGACUGGAGGCCAGCAGAGGACGACUCCGACUAGCACCAAACUUCUGGCACAGCGACCAGGCCGGUGAUCGGCUUUGAUUACAUUUUCAAAAAUGAUCUUCAUUAGCAAUCCAACAGACUGACCAUCAACGCAGUCAGUUUUGAUUCUUAAUCUUUGAAGAGUUUUUAAUCUUUCUAAGACUUUAACCAUAUUCUUCAAAA